AUGUCGGGAAACACAUCACAGUCACAAUGUAUCAGAGAAUCGCUAGACAGUUUCUUCCGGUGUAUAUUAUCUGCUAAGUUAGAUGAUCAAAAAGUUCUGUUAAAUUCGGUACCGCUUACUGGUAAACUAGUGUUUGGUGAUUCGAAAAUCACUUACAGUGAAGCACUAUAUUUAUUUUGUCGACUUGAACGAGAUUAUGUAUCUCUCGACAUAUUUCCUAAUAGAUCUUUAUUCUCACGAAAAGAGGACUGUUUAGAAUCAUAUAACUCAUUACGUGCUGGUUUUGACAGUGUAUUCAACAAUCCUACUUUGUCAAAUAAUGAGCUUUAUUUUUCUGUAUAUAUGCAAAUUUUAACUGGAUCCAGAGGACAAUUAAUAUCAUUAUAUCGAAAAAUUGCAGAAAAUCCCCUAUUAAUUAUUACAAGCUGUUCGUCACUCAUCAGUUCUCUCAAAAGUAUAUUAAACCAACUUUCGGUUACUGAAAAUGAACUUACCAAAGCAUUUUUCCAUAUAUCUCAAUCAAUCAAACUAGAAGUAGUCGUACUACACGAAUUGCUUAGUGCUCAAAUUGCAAUAUCAGAUCUCAUGUUUUUGGAAUCUUUGCUUAGUUUAAAUCGAGCAAAAGAUAAUCUAGACAAACUAGGUAAACUUCUGAACUCUAAAGGUAGUACUUCACCGUGUAAACAGUUACCACUUGUAGCAUGGCUUGAAUGCUUUUACGCUCAUUUGCUCAGUAAAUAUACUUUAUACUGGUUUGAAAUCUUGGUUCGUUCUGCAUUUAAUGUUCACGAAAUUGAAGAAACGGCAAACUCAGAAAAUCUGAAUCUGGUUGCUAAUAUUACAAGAUUUCAACGAGAAUCUAAUGCACUAAAUAUCUCAUUAUUAUUCGAUACAACUUGUCAGUCAUUUCCAUUCCUUGGACAUGGUUAUGUUUUGAGAGGUUCUGUUGGUGAUGCACCAAAAGGAAUUGAAAGUAUUCCACCAAUUUUUAAUGCUCCGUUGGGUAGCUCAUUAUCUCCGGUUGAUAUUUACACAAUUGUUAUGCAAAUCAACAGUACUCUUCAUCUUAGUGGUGAUGAUAAAAUUGAUGUUAGUGAAGUUUUAAAGCAACCUCGUUAUGUAUAUGACGAGAAAUUGAAUCAUACAUAUUAUAUUAAAAAAUUAGAAUGUCGUGUAUUUUUAGCUUUGGUUUAUGAAGGUUUGAAAUCCCAUAAAGAUAAAUUAAUUAAUGAAUUUAUAUCAAUGCUUACAGAUACGAUUUGUUUACAUAAAGUAGUCAAUCUGCUGAAACAGCACCGACAACAGUUCUCUUCAUCAUCACCAUCUACUGAUCGAAGAAGUUUACGGUCAUUUUUUUUUCACUGA